AUGCAUCGAGGCUCAAUUCCUGGUCAUAACGUGAUCAAUUGUAAUCGUGAAGCUGCUGAUCGUAAUCUAUUCAAUGAUUAUUUCGUCGAAAAUGCAUUGUAUAACGAUGCAAUGUUUCGAAGAAGAUUCCAAAUGGGACGAAAUUUAUUUAUGCGUAUAUGUGAUGUUGUUAGUAAUCGUGACAACUAUUUUAUACAGAGAAGAGAUGGGCUUGGAAGACUUGGUUUGUCAAGCUUGCAAAAAAUAAUAGCUGCAUUUCGAAUAUUGACGUACGGUGUACCAGCAGAUGCUACUAAUGAGUACAUUAAAAUAGGGGAAUCAACUGCUAUUGAAAGUGUGAAACGAUUUUGUCGUGUUGUUGUUGAAGUUUUUGGAGGGCAGUACCUACGAUCUCUAAACGUUCACGAUGUUGCUAGGCUACUUCAUAUUGGCAAGCAACGAGGUUUUCCAAGUAUUACUAUUCCUGCUCGUUAUGUCAUUCAAGGAAAAGAGUAUAAUAUGGAAAAUAUUUUACAUGAUAUACUGACAUCAUGUAUUAUUAUGCAUAAUAUGAUAAUUGAAGAUGAACGUGAUUUAAAUGCACCAAUCGUAAAACACUUUGAGGUGCUGACUCCAGAUGUUGAGCCCGCAGUAUAUGAUAGUACUCAAUUUAAAGAGUUUCUAGCUCGAUACAGACAAAUCAAAGACAAAGAAGCUCAUAUUACCCCUCGAAAUGCAUUAAUUGAGUAA